AUGGCGGCAGGCAACGACAUGAACUUCCGACUGGAAGUGGUGGUGAUGGUGACCACCACCGGCGCCGACAGCGCCGCCGUCAUAAGCGAGGACCAGCGCGUGUUCACCCUCCCCCAUGAUCCAAUGCUGAGCAAGGACACUGCGCAGCCCCGAAUCCCUCCUCCUCCGCCGUCACGAUGUCACCCAAGGACAUCUCGUUCACUUGGUUAUCCAUGGACGGAUGGCGAGCGCGAAGGAAGAAUCGUCCUCGAUCGGGUUAGGUUGGUGAUGUGGAGAUGGUGGCGGAUGCUAGCAGAGAAGAUGGGCGGCGGGGAGGAUGAAGGGGAGCUUUUCGGCGGACAUGGCCUGGACCUCGAAGGUAAAAAUCCCAUCUUUUCCCGAUUCCUUUCCCUCGUAUUUGAUCUCAAAGACGAGAUCUUUUUUGCGGCAUCUGCAAUCUCCCUGCUCAAUCCUUUCUUGCCUUUCGUUCCGGAUCUGUUUCUGUUUGCUUUGAUCGCUUUUGGAACAACCUCGAAGGAGAAACCCACUCUUGGUGGCACGCGGAUUAAGACCCGCAAACGGAAUAUUGCAGCGUCGCUGGACCCUGCAGCAUUUUCGGAUGCAGUGGUCCAGAUAUAUCUGGAAAAUGCUGGUGAUUUGGAACUUGUUGCUAAGAGCAUUGAAUCUUCAGAGCUGAAUUUCUCAAGAUACGGUGACACCUUUUUCGAGGCAAGAGGCCGUACUCAACCUGGCACAACAAAACCUGAUGAGGGUGAGCGACAUCCUUACUCGUUUCUAGAUUGCGAGCCUAAGCGGGAGGCUGUUCUACCUUCUGUGAUUUACGUACAGAAGGUUUUACGCCGGAGACCAUUUCUCAUAAAGAACCUUGAAAAUGUUAUGCGGAGGUUCCUUCAAUCGCUGGAACUCUGUGAAGAAGAUGAAAGAAAGAAGCUGGCAAUUUUCUCCGCACUUGCAUUCUCCCAGAAACUAUCUGGACUUCCACCAGAGACUGUCUUGCAACCCCUGCUCAAGGAUAAUCUUGUGGCCAAAGGGAUAGUCCUUGCAUUUAUAACUGACUUCUUUAAGGAAUAUCUGCUAGACAACAGUCUUGAUGACCUGAUAUCCAUCUUGAAGAGGGCUAAAAUGGAAGACAAUCUUCUAGAAUUUUUCCCUUCUUCAAAGCGAACUGCUGAAGCUUUUUCUGAGCAUUUCACCAAGGAAGGGCUGCUUCAGCUAGUUGAGUACAACGAGAAGAAAAUAUUUGAGGAAAAGCUGAAAGAGAUGAAGUCUGCUUUGACAACUUUGAUAGCCGAGGAGGCUGAUCAAUCAGAGGUCCUGGAUGUUGUGAAACAACGUGUUGCUGAUGCUAAAUUACCUGAAAUUGAAGUUGUUCGAAUUCUGUGGGAUGUGCUGAUGGAUGCUGUUCAAUGGUCUGGGAAGAACCAGCAGCAGAAUGCUAAUGCUGCACUGCGCCAGGUACAUUACUUAUGUUUCAUUGAUGAUUCUUUUCUGUUGCAGGUGAGAACUUGGGCAAACCUGUUGAACACCUACUGCACAAGUGGGAAACUCGAGCUGGAACUCCUGUACAAGGUGCAGAUGCAGUGCUACGAGGAUGCUAAGCUCAUGAAAUUGUUUCCCGACAUAGUUAGGGCUCUCUAUGACCAGGAUGUGCUUGCUGAAGACACCAUUCUUCAUUGGUUCCGUAAAGGAACGAACCCAAAGGGCAGGCAAACCUUUGUGAAGUCCCUAGAGCCGUUUGUGAAUUGGCUGGAAGAGGCCGAGGAAGAGGAAUAAGUCGCUCUGACAGCGACCAAAGCAGCAGCAGCAGUGGCCGGCAGCUGUUUGUAUAAGAAGUGCGAGAUAAUGCUGUUUGCUUAUUUGUAAUUUUUUCUUGGCUUUCUGUUUCAGAGUUGGAUAUUGGGUGUACCCUUUUCAAACAUAACGGUAAACGGUUACGGUGAUGAUGAAUGAAUGAUGCUGUAUUGCUUUUCGUCAGAGGGGUUGCAUCAAAUUUCCUAAUAGUCUCUGCUGACCUUCAGUGAACAUUUUUACCCACGCCAGCCCGGGCCACCACUUGACUAAACAGUCAAAUCCCUUCAAAAGUUAGAACACGAGUGAAUCAAAUGACACACCAAUGUAUGCACUUAGAAAAAAGUCUGUCACAGUUGUUUUGAUGAUAGAUUGGUUGGGAU